AUGCUGGCGGCCGGCGGGGCGGCGGCGGCGGCGGCCUCGGGGCUGCUGGGCGCGGCGGCGGCGGCCGCGGCGAAGCUGGCGCUGGGCGGAGCGGCGGCCGAUGGCUGGGUUCCCGUGCUGCUCCGUGCCGGUGGCGUCGCCUUGGUGCUGGCCUGCAACGCAGUGAUGUGGACGGUCUUUGCCAAGGCCCUGCGGCUCUCCUCCUCCUCAGCUGCUGCCUCUGUGACAGCCACAGCCUCCAACUUCAUCUCCUCCGCUGUCCUGGGCAGGUGUCUGUUCGGGGAGACAUGGACGCCGCUGUGGUGGGUCGGCCUCGCCCUGACGCUCUGCGGGCUCCUGCUGCUGCAGACAGCCGCCCCGAGGCCGGCGCGGCCGCCCGGCAAGGAGGAGUGAUGGCCGCGGCCGCCCGGCACGGAGGAGUGAUGGCCGCGGCCGCCCGGCAAGGAGGAGUGAUGGCCGCGGCCGCCCGGCAAGGAGGAGUGAUGGCCGCGGCCGCCCGGCACGGAGGGGUGAUGGCCACCGCCGCGCUCCACCGCCCGCAGCCGCCUGCCUCCUGACCGCCCUCACCGUCCUCAGCCGCGGACCCCAUGGCCCCUGCUCGCCUGCCAAGCUCCCGACCAGCACAGUGGCCCUGCGCUGCUCCCGGCUGCUGCGUUGGAAGCUGGGCACGGAGGCUUCUCAGCUCGCUCCUCCUCUUCACGCCCUGCGGCUGCGAAGCUGGCCCAGUCUGGGGAAGGCUGGAAGCAGACGUGGUGGUUGUGACAGGUGCCUGUGCACCAGGACUUUGCCAUAGUGGGACCUGUCCCAGUGCAGAAAAGCAGUCAGAAGCAGACACUGAAGGCAGAUGAUACUUCUGCUCUGCUCUUCCUCACUUUCCCCUCUGCCUCUUGAGAUGCUGCCUACCAUUGCCUGUAAGUCUGUGGAGCCUUUUCCUGAUUGCCUCCCCUUUCCCUGCUUCCUUUCCCUGUCAGUCCCAUGCUCCUUUUAACUUGCCACUGGUGUCUGACACCUGCAGUUUCCACUCACCCUUUCUGACAUGUGCCCCCCUGUAAGGUUACUGCUCUUUCCUUUCAACUCUUAGCCAGGCUGGGGUUUUGCUCACUGUUCCUGCUGGCUGUAGGUCACACUGUGGCUUUGGGACCGUACAGCAGCUCCAUAUGAGGAGCCAGCUGCUGGCACUAGGAGUGUCCUUGUUCAACACGUUCCCCCCUCCCCAGCUGAGCUGCUGUUUGCUUUCAUGUCUGGUGAAAUGGCAUUUCUCAGAGCUCUCAAGAGUUUAUACCUCUGGGUGAUGCUGAUUGCUGUUGGUGUGAGGUAAUCGAACAGAUCAGGUGUCGACAGAGUGGAUGUGUCAUAAAUAAUCAUUUUCAGGUGUUGA